CAUAAAAAAUUUUUCCUUCGUCUGUAAUUCGUAAUUAUUGAAAGAAAAAAUUGAUUUUCAUGAAAAAUUCCAAAUUUUCUGUAUAAUUUUCCUAUCUGUCCAUUAUCAAUAAAUAAUAAAUUAUAUUAUAAUUCCCUAAAUAUGUAUUCAUAACGUUAAAAUUGUGUUCAACAAUUCAACAAAAAAACAUAAAAUUUCAAUCAACCAUUCCACCUACGCAAUAAAAAAAAAAUGGACAACAAAAAUAAAAACAAAAGAAUUUGGUUUAUCCUCUGCUGCUGUUCUUCAAACUAAACAACACAUAUCUUGCGUAACGAAAACUAAAAACAACAAAAACAAAAUUUCAAGGUUGUUUUUUUGGAAGCAACACAAAAAAAAUGCAUCCAUUUAUACUCUGCCACAAUGGCAGAGAUUUGCAAUUAAAAAGCACCUCUGUCAGCCAAGAUUUAGGUCCUGUCAGUCGAAUCUGUGCGACAGAAGAUGAAAUCUAUCUUCUCAGUCAUGGAAUCGUAUUUCAAGCACAGAUUCCCACUGAAAACGAUAACAAUGAACUUUCUCUCGAUAUCAUGUUCCGUAACAUAGUAGACAUGGACAUGUGGGAAGAAAGAUUCUAUAUUGUCGAUAUUUACGGUCUAGUUCGAUCGAGAAAUCCAGAUUUAAGCUGGACAGAAAUCUCAUUCGAUCCUCUAGAAAUCGCUGAGGAACGCAUUCGAAUUAAUCGAGUCAAAUGCAAUUCUCUCGGAGCGGUUUUCGUCACUGACAAGCGCGAAGUCUACGCCAUGGGUGUCUGUGGCGAACUCUUCAAUUGUCAAUUGCCAAUCCGACUCAAAUCCUUUGACAAACCAAUUCUCGAUGUGAGUUCUGGAGAUGAUUUCUUCAUUGUCAUUGUUGAGAAUGAGUAUUGUGACAAAGAAGGCGAGCAUUUUGGAAGAAACUCGCAAAGAACAGCUUCCAAUCGGCCAGGGAACUCUUCCCGGUUGGAACGAUGCUCAGAGAACUCUCUGAGCAGCCGGGAGAGUGACGCCGCAAUGUGCCUUGAAGAUAAUAUCCAAGACAUUCUUCGGUGUGGUUAUGCUUUACUCCACACGACAGUCUGUUCGUUUGGGGCAUCGAAUAAUGGAGUCCUUGGGACGGGUGAUCAUAUCAAACGUCCUGGGAUCAAUCAUGUCCUUAAUCUCUGUGAAAUCGGAGUCUGUGCUAUAUCCACAGGCAGGGAGCACUCCAUCGCUCGAACUAUCGAUGGGCGGUUGUUUCACUGGGGAUUGAAUUCCCGUCAACAGUUACAGAAUGGCAAACAUGAACUAAGUUCACCGGCAGAACUUCGUUUGGAUACUGUAUCAGUGGAUUCGAUAGAAUCCCAUGUUUUGGAAGCUUGUUGUGGGGAUUAUCGAACUGUCUUGCUUAAAUUAAACGGUGAGAGGUUGGAGAAAGACAAUGGCGAGAUAACUCAACGCCAGCUGUUGGCAAUGCAUGUGUCGAAUGUGCCUCAGAACAUUCCUUUAAUUCUCACCGCCAGAGAUUUUACACUCUACAACGACUUUACAUUCCAACAAGCCUAUUAUCAAUUCCUCCUUUCCCUUCAACAAUGUUUGCAUUUGUGUCAGCGGGGAAGGGCAGUCAUUCGAUCGUUGCAGGCUCUCCAAAAGUCUCAACAGCAAUUUACCCAGAUUUGUCAGAAUUACUUGCAAGUUCUCUACACACUUUUUGCUUGUUGCAAAUCUUUGGAGAGUUUCUAUCGUGGUGAUAGUCCUUCUUUCAAGGAGAUUUUAUGGCUGCGAAAUGCCAAAGAAGUAAUAAAGAUAUUCGAGGACUAUACGAAGUCUUACUGCGAUUUGAAAUCUGUAAAUGGCUUUGGACAAUCUAGUCAAGCUUCGUUUGGUGUCGAAUCUGCUCCCAAGGAAAUGUUGGAGCAUUUAUUCACCCAUCCCUUUGGUCAGAUUUCGAAUUUUGUCAAACUUCUCGAAACAUUGGCUCAGAAUCAAUCUGAGGAACCAGCGUCGAAUGAGUUAAACGAGAAGCUCCUCUUAUGGCAGGAAUUCUCUCGUCAAAGUCGAAUUGACAUCGAAUUGGCCGAGCAUACUUAUGACUUUUGGCUGCGUAAUGAGAAGAAUAUGAAAAUUCGGCCAUUUAUGAAGAAGCAUCGACGAGUUAUUCUUGCCCCAACUACUGUUCCAUUGAAGUGGUACAGUGGAGUGACGACUUUGGGAACCAAUUGCUUCAUCCUCUUUUCGGAUUGUCUAUGUCAAUAUGCCGGAACCAGUUUGCAUACAUAUCCUCUGGUCGCUGUGUGGGUCAAAAAAGAGAGCGAAUCCAGAUUGAAGAUUAUUACGCCUGAAAAGUCAUUUAGUUUAGAGGCGAAGAAUCAUGAAGAUAAGGUUCUGUGGUAUGAUCAAUUGGAGUCGAGUAUUAUGUCAGCAUUGGGACGUCCUGGGGGGAAGUUAUCGAAUGUUAGGACAACUGCGUAUGUGUUUAGUAGCAAACAUCCAAAGUAUGCGAAGGUUCAUGCCUAUGGUCGAUGGAAGAAUGGAAUAAUGCAUGGCAAGUGCUAUCUUGAGUAUCCAGAUGGGAAAUUCUAUUUUGGAGAUGUUCGAAAUGGAGAAAUUGAAGGUCAUGGGAAAAUGGCAAUCCCAUCGGUUGGCGUAUACGAGGGCAAUUUCAAAGCUGGCAAAUUCCAUGGUUACGGUUGCUUUGAAAUGAAUAACAACGAAGUUUAUGAUGGGAAUUUCCGAGAUGGUCUCUUCCAUGGACACGGUUUGUUGCGAACGAAUACUUACACUUAUGUGGGCGACUAUCAAUUCAAUUCGAAGAGUGGAUAUGGGAUCUUAGAUGACAUGAUUAGCGGAGAUAAGUAUAUGGGAAUGUUUGCCGAUAACAAACGAGUGGGAGCAGGCACAUGUAUAACCAUGAAUGGCGACUACUUUGAGGGGAUAUUUGUGAAUGACGAGUUGACUGGGCAGGGAAUUGCAGUUUUUGAAAAUGAUUAUUACUUUGAGGGGGAACUCACGAUGCAUGGACCGGCAGGAAAGGGGACCUAUUACAUGCCGCAUGGGACUAUAGAUGGAGAUGGUGAUGACGAUGAUGCUACAAAGUGCAACAUGAUUGGAAAUGUAAUAAGUGGUCACCUAAGUGGCACUUGGAAUGAUGUUCGAGUUAUAACUGGAUCUGUGGCAAUCAAUCGAAACUUUCCGAAGUUUCCCAAAUCUAUCGGUGAACUGGUUGUGGACAAUUCUCGAAAAUGGCGCAAUCUCUUUGAUAAUUUCGAAGAGCAAAUCUUUGGAUCGAAUGAUUCCACAUCUUCGACAAAAUUACUCUGGAAUCGCAUAGCAGUAUUUAUGACAAAUCAAAAGAAUCGCGAGAAAAAUAAGGAUCUCGAGAACAUUCCCUCGUCGACGCAUUAUUUUGCAAAAAACAUAUCAAUGGGCUAUUCGUCGAGUUUGGAUAAAAUAAGUCUCAAGUCGAUGAACAGUUUACUGGUGCCACCAUCGGCCAAAGCUAGUUAUCUUGAUCUCACCUCGGAUGAAUCACAACCAAAGAAGUCCUACAGCCAGGAGACUCUCAAUGAUAGUUGGGAUGGCCUUCAAUAUGAUAUAUCAUUCAAUGAGGAUAAUCUUUUGAGUAGUAGUUUUUUGAAUGCUCAACUUGAAUGCUGGGCAACUGAUUCUCUCACUUCGACUAGUACACGUAGUUCCAUUGAUAGUACAACCAUACACUCGACAUUAUCGAAUGGAUUAGAAUUUGUUCCGAGUUUUGGCGUGACCUCUCUGACAGAUGAUGAUGUAACUGCGAUUAAGGAGUAUCUUGGACAAGCAUUCAAAGAUCCACAUCAUCCAUUGCAUUUGUUAAAUCAAAAGAUUGCGAAUUGCUUUUGUACUUCAUACGGCUCGUGGAAGGUUAAGCCGACGCCGAUUCUAGCCAAGCAAGCGAUGCAGGAAUGGGAGUCGUUUUCGAAGAGGGUGUAUAAUUUUGUGAGGAGGCUGUUUCCAGCUUUGCCAGAAGAUUUUUGUUCAACUGAUGGAUCUAGAGAAGUUAUUUCCCAUAUCAGCCUACUCUAUCCAAUUGUCCUGUCCGAAGGAAUCUAUUCCAUUUUGUUUGUUCUCUAUGCACAUAAGUACAGUCGCAAGGAUGAGCAAUAUCGACAGAAUUUGAUGUAUGUCGACAAACUCUCCGAUAAGGAACUUGCAAAGAUUUUGUCUCUGGAUGAGUCCCAUCUUGUUGUAGUGUCGAAUGCAUACUUUCACGAUGCUAUAGCAAUGCUUAAACAGCUGCAAAAAAAGUACAGUCCCAAAGCCAUGCUGAAUGUUAUCGAACGAUCCGUUGAACUUAUAACAGAAGCUCACAAAUAUGCUGCAAUGGAAAACUCUGUGAUAUUAGCGGCAGAUAGUAUGAUGCCAUUGGCAUUGUUUUUGGUCCUUCGAGCCGGAGUACCACAUUUGGGGGCAGAAUUGGCGCUAUUAGAUGAUUUAACAGGAGGUUCAAAUUUUCAAUCAGAAAUGUCUGGUCUAGCAGGUUAUUGCUACACAACAAUAAAGGCAGCAUAUGAACACAUCACAUCAAACCAAUUGUCAAAGUCAUAGUAUCAAAUCAAAUAAAUUGCUAACCAAAUGAAUGUUCUCGUUAAAAAGAAAAAAACGAUAUCUUCAACAUUCCUGUUGCUUAUUUUCUAAGAAACAUACAAAUCCAUAUACAAUCUAAAACAACACAUAAUAAUAUAUAUUUUGAGAAAAGAAAAGACAGAUAAAGAUUUAUGUAUAUGUAAAUAAAAUACAAAAAUUAUUGUUGGUAUAUAAUUAUAUUCGUGAUAAGUAAAAAAUAUGUUAUUAAUAUUAUUUUCAAAUUUUAUUUUAUUUCUUUUUUUUUUUGUUUUUUUAACUCUUUUUGCGCUAAAAAAAAUCGCAUUGAGA